GUGCGCGGCCGAAGCCCGCCGCGGCGCUGUGCGGUUCCGGCGUCGGGGCCCGGCAUGGCGGGGGUCGGGGCCAGGCCGGGCCGGACCCGGACCUAAAUGCCUCUAUUUCUCUCCGCGCUGUUGGUCUUGCUGCUGGUUGCGCUAAGCGCACUCUUCCUAGGCCGGUGGCUUGUGGUCCGGUUGGCCACCAGAUGGUGUCAUCGCAAGUUGCAGGCAGAGCUAAAGAUCGGCUCCUUCAGAUUUUUUUGGAUCCAAAAUGUCAGUCUUAAGUUUCAGCAGCACCAGCAGACGGUGGAAAUUGACAACUUGUGGAUUUCCAGCAAACUCCUUAGCCAUGAUCUGCCACACUAUGUGGCAUUGUGCUUUGGAGAAGUGCGCAUCAGGACAGAUCUACAGAAGGUUUCUACCCUGUCUGCACCAUUCUCUCAGAACACAGAGGUGGAGCAAAAGGAACUGUCCCUCAGCCCAUCCUUGUUGAAGAUCUUCUGCCAACUAUUCUCCAUUCAUGUAGAUGCCAUAAACAUCAUGGUUCUUAAGGUGGCUACCUCUGAGUCCUUGUGGCACAUCCAGAUCAGUAGAAGCAGAUUUCUUUUGGACAGUGAUGGGAAGAGUCUCAUCUGUAAAGUGAACCUAUCAAAGAUCAAUAGCAAAGUCCUGAAGAGUGGUCAGCUGGAAGACACAUGCCUAGUAGAGCUGUCACUGGCCCUGGACCUGCGCCUACAGGUCAGCGUCUGCAGUUGGCAUCUGACGGCUGUCACUGUGGAUGUGUGGACACUCCAUGCUGAGCUGCAUGAAGGCCUCUUCCAUAGUCAACUACUGUGUCAUGCCCCAGGUCGGAUUUCCAAAUCUGUUUCUUGUUCAGAUUUGACUGAGAACUACCCUGAACCAACUCUGCCUGGCCUAUACCUCCUCCAGCGGCUGCCAGACCAAGUCAAGGUGAAGAUGGAGAACACAAGUGUGGUGUUGUCUAUGAACAGUCAGAAACGGCACUUGACCUGGACACUGAAGCUGCUGCAUUUCCUGUACCACCGUGAUGAGGACCAGCUGCCGCUUCGAAGCUUCACAGCAAACUAUGAUAUGGCACAGAUGAGCACUGAACUCCUAUUAGAAGACGGGUUGUUGCUGUCCCAGAGUCGCCAACGAAUUGUCUGCCUCAACUCACUCAAGGCUAAUGUGCAGGUGACUACCAUCGACCUCUCAGCUUCUCUAGUUCUGAACACCUGUAUCAUUCAUUACCGACACCAGGAAUUCUCUCACUGGCUGCUUAUGCUAGCACUGGAAACCCAAGGAGCCAGUUCACCUGAUCUUAAGCAAAGGAAGAGAAGAACCUUCCCUCAGAUCCUGGCUCCCAUUAUCUUCAGCACCUCAGUCUCCAAUGUCAGCAUUUCCAUUCAGCUUGGAGAUACACCACCUUUUGCUUUGGGGUUCAAUUCCAUCUCCCUGGACUACCAGCACCUCCGUCCACAAAGUAUCCAUCAGCGGGCAGUCCUAACUGUAGAUCAUCUCUGCUGGCGUGUGGGCAGUGACUCCCACAUUCAGCGGGCACCACAUCCACCUAACAUGCAUGUUUGGGGCGAAGCACUUGUUCUGGAUUCCUUUACACUACAGGGAAGUUAUAACCAGCCCCUGGGCUUGUCCAGCACCCAGUCCAAUACUCUCUUUCUUGACUGUACUAUUCGAGGACUUCAGGUAGAAAUAUCAGACAUCUGUGCCCAGUGUCUGUCUCGAAUCCUCUCCUUGGUGAUUCCACAAUCUGAAAAGUCAGCUGUCUCUAGGAAAUCUUCACUUGGGGAAUCUGUGACCUUACUGUGGAAGGUAGACUUGAAGGUGGAAGACAUGAACCUCUUCACUCUUUCUGCGCUGGUUGGUGCUUCAGAGCUACGACUGGACACACUGACUGUCUUGGGUAGUGCCGAGACCUCCACUGUGGGCAUUCAAGGACUUGUGCUUGCAUUAGUAAAAUCAGUCACAGAGAAGAUGCAGCCUUGCUGCAAGGCUCCUGACAUCCCCACGCCAGUGCUGGGCCUCUCCAUGCUCUCCCUCACCUAUCACAGCAGCAUCCGCUCUCUAGAGGUUCAGUGUGGUGCGGGGCUGACUUUACUCUGGAGCCCCCCAGAUCACAUGUACCUGUACCAGCAUGUCAGGGCCACUCUACAGUGCCGAGACCUUUUACGAGCUACUGUGUUUCCUGAGAUUAUUGAAUCCCAUUCACUAAAGACUGCACAGUCCGCCUGUGAGCCAGAAGAGCAUCUCCCUGAGGCAUCCCUGCCUAGGCGGCUGCUCACCCUGACCCUGGAGGUGAGCACCGCCAAGCUAACAGCUUUCGUGGCUGAGGACAAGUUCGUUACCCUGGCUGCAGAGAGUGUGUCGCUGAGCCGGCAUGGAGGUUCACUGCAGGCUUACUGCCCCGAGUUGGCUGCUGGCUUUGAUGGCAAUAGCAUCUUCAACUUGAAGGAGGUAGAGGUGCAGCUUCUGCCUGAGCUAGAAGAGAUGAUCCUUCACAGGAAUCCCUUCCCUGCACUGCAGACCCUCCGCAAUCGGGUUUGGCUUCUUUCCCUCGGGUCAGUCUCAGUGGAGUUUCCUUAUCAGUAUGACUUCUCUCGAACUUUGGAUGAGGCUGUGGGAGUUCAGAAAUGGCUAAAGGGGCUGCAUCGAGGGACUCAUGCUUGGGCUUCUCCAAGCCCUGCCCCUCUCCCACCUGAUUUACUCCUAAAAGUUCAGCACUUUUCUUGGGUUUUCCUGGAUGACAUCUUUGAGGUGAAACUUCAUGAUAACUAUGAACUGAUGAAGGAUGAAAGUAAGGAGAGUGCCAAAAGGCUGCAGUUGUUAGAUGCCAAAGUGGCUGCCCUACGGAAGCAGCAUGGGGAGCUAUUGCCAGCUCGGAAAAUUGAGGAACUCUAUGCCUCUUUGGAACGCAAAAACAUUGAAAUCUACAUCCAGCGCUCUCGUCGUCUCUAUGGCAACACACCCAUGCGCCGUGCACUGCUCACUUGGAGCCUGGCAGGGCUAGAGUUGGUGGCUCUAGCAGAUGCAUCCUUCCAUGGGCCUGAGCAUGUGAUAGAGCAGGUUCGAGAACUUGAUCCUGGCAGCCCUUUUCCUGCUGAAGGAAUGGAUCUUGUCAUUCAGUGGUGUCGUAUGCUCAAGUGCAAUGUCAAAACUUUUCUGGUUCGGAUCAGAGACUAUCCACGGUACCUGUUUGAGAUCCGGGACUGGCGGCUAAUGGGUCGACUUGCGGGCACUGAGCAGAGUGGCCAGCCAUGCUCCCGUCGACGUCAAAUCCUGCAUUUGGGACUUCCCUGGGGUAACGUGGCAGUAGAAAGGAACAUGCCCCCACUCAAGUUUUACCAUGACUUCCACUCGGAAAUCUUCCAGUACACAGUGGUGUGGGGCCCAUGUUGGGAUCCAGCCUGGACACUGAUUGGUCAGUGUGUGGACCUCUUGACCAAGCCUUCAGCUGACCCCAGCCCACCUUUGCCCUGGUGGGAUAAGAGCCGUCUUCUGUUCCAUGGGGACUGGCAUAUGGAUAUUGAACAAGCAAACUUGCAUCAGCUGGCCACUGAGGAUCCCUAUAAUACAACUGAGAACAUGCACUGGGAGUGGAGCCACCUUUCUUUUCAUUGGAAGCCUGGUCAGUUUGUGUUCAAAGGGGACCUGGAUGUCAACGUAAGAACAGCUUCUAAGUAUGACGACUGCUGCUUCCUUCACCUGCCUGACCUCUGCAUGACACUGGACCUACAGUGGCUGUGCCACGGAAAUCCUCAUGAUCAUCACAGUGUCACUCUGAGGGCCCCAGAGUUCCUGCCUGAGGUACCCUUGGGCCAGCUCCAUGACUCCUACCGGGCCUUCCGCUCUGAGAACCUCAAUCUCUCCAUCAAGAUGGAUUUGACUCGUCAUAGUGGGACAAUAUCUCAGCCCCGGAUUCUGUUGUAUAGUAGUACCCUGCGCUGGAUGCAAAAUUUCUGGGCAACUUGGACUAGCAUCACAAGGCCUAUCUGUAGAGGAAAACUGUUUAAUAACCUGAAGCCCACCAAGAAGAAACUUGGCCAGCACUACAAACAGCUUUCCUAUACUGCACUGUUUCCCCAGCUACAGGUACAUUACUGGGCUUCCUUUGCCCAGCAGCGGGGCAUCCAGAUUGAGUGCAGUCAGGGCCAUGUCUUCACUCGGGGAACUCAGCGGCUUAUACCUCAAGCUGGCACAGUGAUGCGGCGCCUUAUUUCUGAGUGGAGUGUAACCCAGAUGGUGAGUGACUUAAGUCAGGUGACUGUUCAUCUGAUGGCUUCACCCACUGAAGAGAACGCUGACCACUGCCUUGAUCCCUUGAUCACAAAGACCCACCUAUUGAGCCUCUCUUCCCUUACUUACCAACGGCACAGCAAUCGCACCACUGAAGAGGAGCUUUCUACUCGAGGUGGUGAUCCUGCCUUUCAUACACACCAGCUGCAUUUGGUAGAUUUACGGAUUUCGUGGACAACCACCAAUAGGGACAUUGCCUUUGGCUUAUAUGAUGGUUACAAAAAAGCAGCUGUACUCAAACGUAAUCUCUCUACUGAGGCCCUGAAAGGUUUGAAGAUUGAUCCUCAGAUGUCAGCCAAAAAGCCAAAGCGGGGUAUCCCACCUAGUGCCCAAGUCCCACCUCAUGUCAGCACUCCCAGCUUCAGUGGACGGCCUGAUAAGGGAUCAUCAGGAGGUGCUUACAUGUUGCAGAAGCUGAUUGAAGAGACAGACAGAUUUGUAGUAUUCACAGAAGAGGAGUCUGGUAUGAGUGACCAAUUGUGUGGCAUUGCUGCCUGCCAGACAGAUGACAUAUACAACCGGAAUUGCCUUAUUGAGCUGGUUAACUGCCAGAUGGUUCUUCGUGGAGCAGAGACAGAAGGCUGUGUCAUUGUAUCAGCUGCCAAAGCCCAGUUGCUGCAGUGUCAACACCAUCCAGCUUGGUAUGGUGACACACUGAAACAAAAGACUUCCUGGACUUGCCUCUUAGAUGGCAUGCAGUAUUUUGCCACCACUGAAAGCAGCCCUACUGAGCAGGAUGGCCGGCAGCUCUGGUUAGAGGUGAAGAACAUUGAGGAGCACCGGGAACGUAGUCUGGACUCUGUUCAGGAGCUGAUGGAAAGUGGGCAGGCAGUGGGAGGCAUGGUUACCACAACCACAGGUCAGCUCUCUUCCCUCUUCCAGGGUGAAUGUGCAUCCCAAAGGGGCCUCAUUCUCUUUUCUAACCCACCUUCUAUUAUUUGGGCUGUGGAUACUUUUACUCUCAUCCACCACGAAUUGGAAAUUUCUACCAACCCAGCUCAGUAUGCUAUGAUUCUGGACAUUGUCAACAACCUGCUUCUCCAUGUAGAACCCAAGCGGAAGGAGCAUAGUGAAAAGAAACAGCGUGUGAGGUUCCAGCUGGAGAUCUCUAGCAAUCCUGAGGAGCAGCGCAGCAGCAUACUACACCUGCAGGAGGCUGUGCGGCAGCAUGUGGCCCAGAUAAGGCACCUAGAGAAGCAGAUGUAUUCUAUCAUGAAGGUAACCAUCCUGGGUGAUCUGAGGACAGAAUGUUUUAAGGAUUUCCAACUGCAGCGAGCCAAUAAAAUGGAGCUUCGAAAACAACAGGAAGAUGUGAGUGUGGUCCGUCGCACCGAGUUUUACUUUGCUCAGGCACGUUGGCGUCUGACAGAAGAAGAUGGACAGCUGGGAAUCGCUGAGCUGGAGCUACAGAGGUUCCUUUACAGCAAGGUGAAUAAGUCUGAUGACACAGCAGAACAUCUCCUGGAGUUGGGCUGGUUCACUAUGAACAACCUUCUCCCUAAUGCUAUUUAUAAGGUGGUUCUAAGGCCCCAGAGUUCCUGCCAGUCUGGGAGACAGCUAGCCCUCCGCCUCUUCAGCAAAGUCCGGCCACCUGUUGGUGGUAUCUCUGUUAAGGAACACUUUGAGGUAAAUGUGGUGCCUCUUACCAUCCAGCUGUCCCACCGGUUCUUCCAUAGAAUGAUGGGCUUUUUCUUUCCUGGUCGAAAUGUGGAAGAUGAUGAAGUUGGUGAUGAAGAGGAUAAGUCCAAACUGGUGACUACUGGAAUACCAGUUGUGAAGCCUCGGCAGCUGAUAGCAACAGAUGAUGCAGUGCCACUGGGCUCUGGGAAGGGCGUAGCACAGGGCUUGACCAGGAGUUCUGGAGUCAGAAGAUCAUUUCGCAAAUUACCUGAGCACCCAGUUGAUGAUAUUGACAAGAUGAAAGAGCGAGCUGCCAUGAACAACUCCUUCAUAUAUAUAAAAAUCCCACAAGUUCCACUGUGUGUCAGUUAUAAGGGUGAGAAGAACAGUGUGGACUGGGGUGACCUUAACUUGGUGCUACCCUGUCUGGAGUACCACAACAACACGUGGACAUGGCUGGACUUUGCCAUGGCUGUCAAAAGGGACAGCCGAAAAGCUCUGGUUGCCCAGGUAAUCAAAGAAAAACUAAGGCUGAAACCUGCAACGGGGUCUGAGGUCCGGGGAAAGCUAGAAACAAAGUGUGACCUGAACAUGCAACAGCAGGAAGAAGAGAAAGCUCGGCUCCUCAUUGGUUUAAGUGUGGGUGACAAGAACCCUGGCAAGAAGUCCAUCUUUGGCAGGCGCAAGUGAUGUGGAGACCCAAGUGACUACAGGAUAGAAUUGACUCUGACUCAGGAUCCAGGGACUUAAGGAUGGGCAGAGCUUCCCUUCAUCCUGCAGGAUUUGUGGGGCAUAUGGUAAAUGAGAGAGACAAUGUUCAACAGCUGGCCUGUCCCUGCAGGGCAUGGUGGACAAAGCGCUGAGUUCCCUCUCAUGGUACUAGACCCAGGACCAGAGGGACAAGAAAACCAGAAGACCCAGGGAUUGUGUCCAAGCCUAGUAUCCUGCUCCUUUGGGGCAACAGAAAGGGUGGGGGGAUAGUUUUGAUCAAGUAUGAUAAAUUUUUAUAAAGAUAUAUAUAUAUAAAACAUAUAUAUAUAUUUCUAAAUGUAAUUGCUCUCCCUUUGUGCCAAUAAGGGAAGGAGUCUGAUCCUCUGUGCCUCACUCCACUGCCUUGUUGUAUAAGAGGUGUUGGGCUUGGGGGUAAGCUUCCCAGUGUGAGCUCACUUGGGGGAUGGCAUUAGGAGCCAGGGCUGGCCAUGGGUACCUUCCUUUCCUCCCUGGGGUAUGCCCAGGAGAAUGGAGAAAAAAAAAGAUUUAAAGAAAAAAUAUUUUAAAUUUGAUGCUGGCCUUUUUUAAUUG